UGCAGGUCAAUCAACUUCAAUCACAGACAUCUGUGGCAUCCUGUAGGCCCAACAACAAAUGCAUUGCGGUAACGUGACUAUCAAUUUCCUGAAACUAGUGAUCAAAUUGGGGGAAAUAACUUGUCAUCUCUCUCAAGACGGAUUCAGUGAGAAAACCAAGGUAUAGGAAACCCUUUCCAAUUUAUUCCUUUCCACAAUAUGGGCACAUCAAGAUGAACACAGGAGCCAUUUACAGACCAGGCAACCAAGGGACCAUGGAAGAUCUGGACACCCAGGAGGGCCUGCAGGUGACCCAGUCCACUAUCCUCUACCUCAUCCAAGAAGCCUCCAAGCUAGCAACUCCCACCCCUGUCCACAACCGCUCCAUAGACUCAAAGCCUAAGACUUUACCCGUAUCAAAUGAAAGGUCUAAAAAGAAUCAAGUGUCUGAUCAUAGACCUUCUCCUCCUCAGCACAAUUCCUCUCUCAUGGGCCUUCAUAACCAGCCAAAAGAUGACUUAGAACAAUGUAAGAGACAUACAAACUCAGUCCUGCCCAGCCGUCAUAGUAGCAGCAGUCCGUGGGAGUUGAUGAGCCUGAUCAACAUGCAGUGUGAGAGACUCCUCCAGUCAGAUGACCAAGAGGGAACCUCCGCUAGGGCUCAGUUGGUUCCUAUAGACUCUGACGAUCAUCCACCUGAAGGUGUGGGGUACAGUAGGAACACUGUCCCUGUCUGCCCCACUCUAGUCAGUACCAGAGGGGAUUCUCCCCAUCCGCAUGUCGUGUCCAGGGGAGAGAUGGGGAGUUGGGUGGCGGUGGUUAUUGCUCACCCACAAGUCCAGGUACCAGUUCUCAGACAUCACCGGAUGUCAAUGGUAGCAACAAAACUAAACCUGGUGUGGGAGCUUCAGACUCUGAGGUUGUAA